AUGACCACAUCGACCUCGGCGACGACGACGACGGCGGCGGCGGCAGCGACGGCCCAGCUGGCCGCGGGGCCCUGUUUCCCGCCGCACCCGUCGCCUUCCACCAUCGGCCCGCUGUACAUUGCCCACUUCGCCACCACCCAUGCCACGUUCCGCCUGCCCGACUUCUACUCGGCCGCUGCCUACCUCGAAGUGCCCUUCGCGUUUGUGCCCGUGCCAGUGUCCAAGAAUUACCCGUCGGCCGCGUCCUCCUCCGCCUCAAUGUCGGACAAACACGCGCAGUCCUCAACCUCGACCUCGACCUCGGCGUGGCAGCCCGAUCCGACGCGCCCCUACCAGCUCGUCUACCUCCCCUCGGAUGCCGUGGCCCAGCAGCUGCUGCGACGCUGCGUCAGUCUCCGCUCCAUCUGGGCCUACUGGGCCCACGGUUCCUCGUACGCCGAGCUCCACGCUCUCGCUCAGACGCCAUCGCACCGUCCGCUCUGGGAGCCCUCCAUCACGGUGCCCUCGUGGAAGGCGCACGUCUUCUCCUACAGCGGCACCAUCUCGGAGCGCCGCAAGGUCGACGUGAUCCAGUCGUUCGCCUACAUGGAGUUCCAAGGCCGGAUCCAGCUCCGCGAGCCCUCGAUGCGGUGGGGCGUCAUGGAGGAGUACCUCGGCCAAGACCUCUGGCCCGCCGGCUACCAGCCCACCGCCGCACCGUCUCGAGCCGAAAGGCUGCAGCAAGAGGGUCGUGCAAGUGCAGGUGCGAGCGCCGAUGCCGACACGAUGGGCAUCGCCAGCGGCAGCGGAGCCGCCGCCGAGCCGCCGAGGUACCGCAAGUCCAACGACCCUGCCCUCGAGGGGCAGACGGGCCUGGCGCGCGACCUGAUCGACAAGCUCGACCUCAAGAAGCGCGUCUACAUUGGCAACACGUCGAUGGAGUCGGAGAUGUCGCUGCUGAUGGCCUCGCUGGCGCUGGCGGGGCCGGGCCGGAUGGUCUACGACCCGUUCGCCGGCACGGGCUCGCUGCUGUACGCGGCGGCCGUGUUUGGCGCCAUGACGCUGGGCAGCGACAUUGACGGGCGGACGAUGCGCGGCAAGACCAACGCCAAGCUCAAGGAGAGCGACCCGGCGCGCGCCGGCAGUAUCGGCAUCAUCAAGUCGGCGCAGCAGUACGGCGUGCGCGACCGCAUCCUCGACUGCCUCGUGUGCGACAUGUCGCGCGCGCCCUUCCGCCGGUCGCUUUUCGAGGGCAAGCCGGCGUCGUCGUCGUCGUCGUCGUCGUCGUCGUCGUCGGCUGGUGUCGCUGUGCAGGGCGAGGGCGGGUUCCUGGACGGCAUCGUCGCCGACCCUCCGUACGGUGUGAGGGCGGGAGCCAAGCGGCUGGGCAAGCGCGACCCGGAAAAGCAGCGGGACGAAGCCUUCUGGAUGCCCGACGGCCUCGGGCCGGGCAAGGGGUGCUGGUCGCACGAGCGAUCCGACUACAUCCCGCCCACGCGGCCCUACCACCUCGUCGACCUGAUCGACGACCUGCUCGAGUACGCCUACAACCUGCUCAAGCCGCACGGCCGCCUCGUCUUCUGGCUGCCCGUAGUCAUUGAUGCCGACGAUGGCCAGGACGACGACGACGGCGGCGAAGGGGAGGGAGAGGGAGAGGGAGAGGGAGGGGGUGGACAGCAGCGGGAGCGGUGCGGCUCGGGGGGCGGCGAAAAGGUCAAGGUCGACCUGCCGCGACACAAGCGGGCGCGCGGCCAGGGACGCAUGAGGCUGCUGCACCACAGCCUGCAGGAUUUUGGACGGUGGGGCCGUCGGCUGAUCACGAUGGAAAAGGUGCCCCCUAGCGAAGACGUCGAUGGCCACGAGGGCGAUCUGGAGGGCAAUGGCGAUGGCGAGAGAGAGGGAGGUGGAGAGGCUGGGGUUGGGAGGACGGCCGUGCGGGCGCCGCGCACCGAUGGACGCGGCGUCUACCGCGCCGAUGCCGAUCCGGACGAGUUUAGGAACCGGUACUUUGUCCCUCGCUCCGAGCGGGCCGCCCAGCAGCAGCAGCAGCAGCAGCAGCGGUGA